AUGGAAACCAUUGAAUCCGACGACAGUCUGACACAAACUCCGAGCGUAUUCAAACCGAUCCACAUUUCGGUAGAAAAAAGUGACCUUGCUCGCUCCGCCGCAAAUCGUCCGGAUGCUUUCCCGAGAAACUACCGUUCGUCCUACGAAGGAUCUCGACCAGCGUCAGUGAUCGACUACAAUCUGUGGAUGCCGCGCGAUAUCGAUUUUGAAGAUUUCCUAGACCAUCACGAGCAGUACGGUCAGUUCCGGCGCGAGAUGCAAAGGAACGUCCAUCCGCCUCCGCCACCUUUACCGGUCAGUUCGUCUUUUACGCCGGAUCCUAGAGAAGUUGUACCCAGUGGUGCUACGCCCUUGCUGCCAAAGCUAUUCGAAGACCAAAAACUUGAAGAAUUGAAUUGUCCCAAAGCGAAAGAGAACGAAAUUGAGCGGCAGGAGUAUAUAAUGGAGUGGUUUGAUGGUUGUGUGCAAAAAGAAUUAUUGAACAGUUCUGAUAUUGGUAAAAUGCUUGAUAUUUUACCGAGCGAUGAUGGAAAAGAUGAUGGCGUGGAAUCUACAAAAAGUAUUAAGCAUUAUUGA